GGCUGAAGUCAUCAGAGUCUUUGGUCUUGCGAUCUUCUAAGACAAACCUUGAUCUCACCCUUCAGCCUCCACACAAUAUUCUUUACCCCAAGCACUUUCAGAGCCUCAAAUCAAAAGGCAAGAAUCAUGAAUCUCAAACCUUUCCUCCUUUGGUCUGUUUCGCUUCUCGCAACUACAACAGCAGCACCUUUAGCAUAUCAAAAUUUUGAAUCAGACUCCAUGCUAGCAGUAAAUGUCGCCGAGUCUUCUUCUUAUGCUGCACGCUCGAACUUCGAAGCUGAUCCCAUGCUCGCGGUGGGAUCUUCCGACAAAUCCUCAUACUCGACCAGGAGCAACUUUGAAGCCGAUCCCAUGCUGGCCAUUGGCAGCGGGGACUCCUCUUCUUAUGCAUCUAAUCGCAAUUUCGAAGCCGAUACUAUGCUCACAGUGGGAGAGGAAGGCGUUUCAUCCUAUGCUUCAAACGAUUUGAUCUGAGACGAUGUCGGAC